GGGCUGUGAGGUCCCUUCAGGGACCCGUGCAGCCUGCGAGGGUCACGUGCAGCGUCGGCUGGGUAGUAACGUGAGACCUGCCCUUGGCAGCAACUGAAGCAGCAGCGGGACAAGCUGAAGCAGUACCAGAAGAGGGUCACGCAGCAGCUGGAGCGGGAGCGCGAGAUCGCCCGGCAGCUCCUGCGGGACGGCAGGAAGGAACGGGCCAAGCUGCUGCUCAAGAAGAAGCGGUACCGGGAGCAGCUCCUGGACAGGACGGAGAGCCAGAUCAGCAGCCUGGAGGCGAUGGUCCAGAGCAUCGAGUUCACCCAGAUUGAAAUGAAGGUGAUCGAAGGGCUGCGGUUCGGAAACGAGUGUUUGAACAAGAUGCACCAGGUGAUGUCCAUAGAGGAGGUGGAGCGGGUGCUGGACGAGACCCAGGAGGCUGUGGAGUACCAGCGGCAAAUAGAUGAGCUGUUGGCAGGAAGCUUCACUCAGGAGGACGAAGAUGCCAUCCUAGAGGAGCUGAACGCGAUCACUCAGGAACAAAUCGAGCUCCCAGAGGUUCCUUCAGAGCCCCUGCCCGACAGGAAACCAGGUACACCCUUGCUCCGUCCUUCGGUGAACGUGAAAGAUCUUGUCCAGACCAGGCCCAAGCAGGCGGAACUGGUGGCAGCCUCCUAACUCGGCCUCGUCCCGGGGGACUGGCGGGACUCCCCGCGGCCUGGGGCCCACAGAGCCAGUGAGGCCGCCUUGACCCGGUUCCCGAAGGCAGGGCUGGUGCUGGCCGGGCAGCGGGGAGCAAGGCCCGCCAUCGGGACGUCUCCGAGGAGCCUUCGUAGCUCUGCCUCUUGCUCUCGUUUCUGGAUUAAAUGGCGGCAUUCUGAUCCUCCGGCCAAACGCAGCUUCUGAGGCUGUGGCUCCCACGGGCCACGGCCGGGCCGACGCGCCUGGUGCUGGUCUCACUCCCUGGCCCUGGCCCCGCAGGCCACUCCUCUGAGAAGGCGCGUAGACCCAGCGCCCACCCUUCCCUCGCUCCCGCUGCUCCGGUGGUUGGCGGGGCUUCGGCUGAGAGCCCCCCUCCGCCCGGCCUCGCAGCACAGCCAGUCAGCCGUGGACUCGGGGCCGACCCCUCCCUGCGCUGCUUUCGGCUCAGGGCAGCGGGCCGGAGGGACACUGACGACGCCGGGCGCUCUGGCUGCCCUGUGGCCGUGGCCCUGCUAAGGAGGAUGCGAGUGACAGCCAGCGCGUCCUGCCGGGCUCCCAGAGGUGCUGCCGGGACCUGCUUGUCCUCGGGACUGCCUGCGGCUGGGGCGCGGGGGCCUGCGGCAAGCCAGGACUGCCCACCCGCCCGCUCCCGGCUGUCAGCAGCCGAGCGGAGGCUGCGGGACAAGUGGCUUCCCUGGCUCAUGGUUCGCUUUGGAAUCAGUCUCGUGGGAUUUCACUCCGCACAGGUCGGCCCUCAUUAAAGUCGAUCCCGCACGCUGCUGCCUCGUGGGCUGGGGUCCGUGGGGGGCACCAGGGCAGGUUAGAUGUGGCUGCCCCCAGCGUCCCUUUACCCUCAUAGGGCACGUGAGGCCACCUGUCUGGGCAGUGCCAUGGGGCGGCUGGGGACUCGGGUACAGGUGGGGGUUCUCGAUCUGCCCAGCCAUGGGCAGAAGGCAGGCCAUGGCUCCAGUGGGCUCUGGCGGUCACCUCUAGGUGGCUGUCUGCAGCAAGGUACAGCACGGUGCUCUGGCCCCACCUCCCUCAGAAGUGACAUCGAUAGCCUCUCCUUAUUCUCGAGGUUCUGUGUGACUCCCGUGGCUGGUGGUCAGGCCUCAGACCCCUCUGGUGGGGGGCACUUCGGUUCCUUGGGGGCUGGUGUGGACUCCUGAUGUCAAGGUGGGAAGCCAGGUGCCCCAGGGGGUGAGCAGGCAGCGGAGAGAAAGGGGCCAUCGCCUGGGGGCCUCCGUGUGCGUGCGCCGUUUCUGGGCUCUUGGAAGGGAGCUGAAGCCUGGGUUUCAGGGUGGCCUUGCUGUGCGUGGAGGGGCCUGUGGCAAGUGCACUGCACGCCUCUGCCAGGAGGGGUCCCUGCUGCUGGCCUCGGGUUUUGGGGGAACCAGCGUCCGGUGUCACCAGUGCUCGGCCGGCUGCUGGGCCUCUCCUGCUUGUUUCUGGUAGCUGCUGCCAUCGUGCCCAGGACACAGGGUGGCCCAGGAGCAGUUCUCACCUAGGAGGAGCCAGCCCUGCCUCUCCCACCCUGUGACCCUGACUUUCUACAGCCUGGAUUCCAGACCAGGGAAGGGUACGGAGGGGACAGAGGGCCUGCUUCAGGGGAGGCGCAGGGUACGGCCACAGCUGCUCCAGACUCUCCUUCCCCCUGUCCCUGGAUCUCGGACCCUCGGGCUGUCCUCACACACCUGUGCUCCCAGGCUCUGACCCCAAGGCUGGGCGCUGGGAGCACAGACCAACCUGCUCUGGGAGCCACCUGCAGCCUGCACAGCGCCAGCUCCCUCCUGACCGUGCUUGGGGCGCCCUCAUCUCCUGGACCGACCCCAGAGGUGAGGGUCAGCUCGCCCUCACUGUCCAAGUCAGACCUCGGAAACCUGUCAACUUUUUCUAAGAUCAUUCUGAACGUCUUUUCACGUCCUUAUCGGCCAUUUUUCUGUCUUUGGAGAAAUGUCUCUAAAUCUUUUGCCUGUUUUUAAAUUGGGUUAGCUGUCAUUUUGCGACUGAGUCUUAAGAGCUCCUUAUAUGUUCUGGAUAGUAGACUCUAAUGAGGUGUAAGAUUUGCAAAACUGUGCUCCCAUUCUGUGGGCGCCCUUCACUGUGGCCGUGCCCUUCGAAGAACCAGCGUGUUUGAUUUUGAAGAAGUCCAGUUUGUUUUUUCUUUCGUGGCCUGUGCUCUUGCUGUCUUAUCUAAGGGACCAUCACCUAAUCCAGGGUCAUGAAGAUUUAUUGCCAGGUUUUCUUUAAAAGUUUUAUUCUUUU